GAAAUGUGGAGACGACGGCAAGCCUAGCCUUCUAUCUCUCGCGAGAAUUAAUAAUUUUCUAAUAAUUUAACGACUUUCGAACGAACUAGACGACGUGAAAAUGGAAGAACUAAACAACGCAACGAUUGUCGACUCAAAUAAGACGCUUCAUUGAGUUUAAGCAUUUGUUUUAAUAGCAAAAAGAAAAACAAAGGAAAAGCUUUAAUGCAAAAAUAAACAGUCGACAGAAAAUUACGAUCAAGGUUGACAGCAAACUCCAAGGAAUAAUCAAGUUUUGAGACUUAAAAUUAUUAAAUAUAAAUAAAAACCCACAAAAAUGUUGCGCAAUACUCCUUUUGGUGGCACGCCCACAUAUAAAUUGAUAUUGGGCCUGGGUCUAUGCUCCCUGGGCGGUGCCAUGCUGUAUGCGUACUUUAAGAAUCGCAGCGAUGAGGAGGACCGAGAAGAGACCAGAAAUCAAACAGAACUGGAACAUCAGCAACAGCAGCAGAGGCCAAAGGAAAUUGUACUUAAAAUUGUGGUGGAUAAUGAGCAUGUGCCGCUGAUUAUGGGACGCGGAGGUGCCAAUAUCAAGUUGAUUGAGGAACGAACCACGGCCAAGAUAAGAUUACGCGACAAGGACAGCCAACACAAAUAUUGUGACAUUAGCGGCAUACCCGAGGCCGUGAAGGCAGCCCGUGUGCUGCUCAUACGUGAAAUCGAGCGUGCGCCCAUUGUCAAAGUGGAGCUGCAAGUGCCACAGCGGCUGGUGAGCAAACUGAAUGGACGGGGCGGCGAAAUCAUUCAAGACAUUGGUCGCAAUUCGUUGGCCAAGCUCACAAUCGAUACGAAUGGACGGAAUGGCAAGGCCAAGAUCACAUUGGUGGGCAAUCAGAAGCAGGUGAAUAUUGCACGCAAACUGCUGGACGAUCAGAUCGAGGAGGAUGAAGAGCUGCUGCGUUCCGUAGAGGAGGUGGAACAGCGCCGUGAGCCACGCCGUUCGCCCACCAAUAGCGUGGCCUCCUCCAGCCUGUACUCGUCGCAGACAUCGCUCAGCUCUAUGCAGCCGCGCGACAAACUGAUGGCUGCCCGUGGCGAUGAUAAGCCCAUGGAGGUGUAUGUCUCCGCUGUGGCCUCGCCCACAAAGUUUUGGGUGCAGCUGGUGGGUCCGCAGUCAAAGAAACUCGAUGAUAUGGUCAAGGAGAUGACCAACUACUAUAGCAGUGCCGAAAACCGAGCCAAACAUAUCCUGACAGCACCCUAUGUGGGUCAGAUAGUGGCCGCUGUGUUUAAAUUUGAUGAGAAAUGGUAUCGUGCCGAGAUUGUGGACAUUAUGCCCAAUCAAUACAAUCCCCAGGAGCUGGUGAUUGAUCUUUAUUUUGUGGAUUAUGGCGACAGCGAGUAUAUUUCCCCAGCGGAUAUUUGUGAGCUGCGCACCGAUUUCCUAACACUCAGAUUCCAAGCGGUUGAAUGCUUUUUGGCCAAUGUCAAGUCCACCAUUAACAAUGAGCCAAAUACAUGGCAAAAAUCAUCCAUAGCAAAGUUUGAAGAGAUGACAGAGGUGGCCCACUGGCGUAAGCUUAUCGCACGCGUUGUCACCUACAAGGAGCGUCCCAAGGUGACGGCUGGCGUGAAUGCAGCCACCCGCGAGGGCACACCAUUGCCAGGCAUGGAGCUGUUUGAUCCCGCCGAAGGAGCUGAUUUGAAUAUUGGCGAUUUGAUGAUUACACAGGGCUUUGCCCUGCCCAUAGAUGAUGCAUAUCCGGUGCGUUCACGUUCCAGCACGCCCUCGAAUCAAAGCGAUUCAACGAUUGAGGAGCUGUGUGCCAGCACAACGCCUGUAACACCGCACUCCCCCAUGUCGAUGUCCCUAACAAACGAUGCCGAUAGCAGCUCAACAGCAGCGGAGGAUGCACAUUUUGUCCAGCAGCUAGAGCAGUUGCAGCAUAAACUGAAUGGCAAUGACAUGGCCAGCAUAGAUCCAAUUAAAUUGACGGCGACAGACUAUCAGAAUGGCAAUAACAAUAAUUCACCAACCACAAAUGGGCAUGCUAACCACUAGUUAUGCUCGCUUAAUUAUUUCGAGGGCAGCUCUCACUACUUGACGUGUACAUAAAUGCUUAGUUUUUAAGGCAACCCUUUACUUAUAGUUAACAACAAAUUGGUCCCAAAUGCGGGGCCUGCAUAUCCUAAACUCGGAACUGACGAUAAUUUAUAUGUAUAAAUACGAGUAUAUAUGUAUGUAUGUAUGUCGUGGACUGGCACAAAUCCUUAAUUGUUUAUAGAUAUGAAACCAUAUGCCAUGUUACUUAUUGUUUUUAGCAAUAGACGAACAAAACUUGUAAAAAUACAGAAAGACACAAAAAAUGUA